AUGUCAAUAUCCCUUUCAUACACUGAAACAAGAGAACUGUUUUCCAUUAACUUCUUAUUUUGUUCAUACCUAUCUAACCUGUUCAUAUGUAAUUAUCUAACCUGUUCAUAUCUAUCUAUCUAUCUUUCCUGUUCAUUAUCUAUCUUUCCUGUUCAUUAUCUAUCUAUUUAUCUAUCUUUCCUGUUCAUUAUCUAUCUUUCCUGUUCAUUAUCUAUCUAUCUAUCUUUCCUGUUCAUUAUCUAUCUUUCCUGUUCAUUAUCUAUCUUUCCUGUUCAUUAUCUAUCUAUCUAUCUAUCUAUCUAUCUAUCUAUCUUUCCUGUUCAUUAUCUAUCUUUCCUGUUCAUUAUCUAUCUAUCUUUCCUGUUCAUUAUCUAUCUAUCUUUCCUGUUCAUUAUCUAUCUUUCCUGUUCAUUAUCUAUCUAUCUAUCUUUCCUGUUCAUUAUCUAUCUUUCCUGUUCAUUAUCUAUCUAUCUAUCUAUCUAUCUUUCCUGUUCAUUAUCUAUCUAUCUAUCUAUCUUUCCUGUUCAUUAUCUAUCUAUCUAUCUAUCUUUCCUGUUCAUUAUCUAUCUUUCCUGUUCAUUAUCUAUCUAUCUAUCUAUCUUUCCUGUUCAUUAUCUAUCUAUCUAUCUAUCUUUCCUAAAAAAUUAUCUAUCUUUCCUGUUCAUUAUCUAUCUAUCUAUCUAUCUAUCUAUCUAUCUAUCUAUCUAUCUAUCUAUCUAUCUAUCUAUCUAUCUAUCUAUCUAUCUAUCUACAUACAUGGGCACAUGGCCAAAUGGUUAG